AUGGCAGCAGCUUUGUUUGGAAAAGGUAUUCCAAUAAAAUCACGUAGUUGGGUGUGGAAAUAUUUUAACAUUUAUCCUGAAGAUACCUCAAUUGCAAUAUGUAAUACAUGCAAACUGAAGGUUUCAAGAGAAAUGAUUGCAGUUGAUAUUCAACUUUUCUCAAUAGUAGAAGACAUAAGAUUAUAUGUCCUAACUAUUGUAUACCAAGUAGAAAUCAGGCAAAAUAUCCAAAAAGAAAUAAAUGAUGCUUCUUACAUUUCAUUUACAACUGAUGGAUGGGCAUCUACCAACGGAAAAUGCUCAUUUCUUAGCUUGACAGCUCAUUGGUUAACUAAUGAAUUUCAUCAAAAGUCAGCAGUUCUUCGGGUUUGUCAAUUUAAUGUAUCUCAUACUACCAAAAAUAUAUGCGAAGCAAUUCAAAUUUCUAUGAAUGAUUUUUUUAUUCCAGCUUCAAAGGUACAUUUAGUUGCUAAAGAUAAUGCAGCUAAUAUGGCAGCUGGAAUAAGAGAGGCAGUGCCACAAAAUAGGUUUAAACAAGACAUUGCAACAAAAUGGAAUAGUCAAUACUUUAUGCUUGAAAAAAUUUUUGAACAGAAGCGUGCUUCAAUCCCAUUUUGUUAUGAUAAUGAUAACUCUAAACUAAAUGAGGGUAAAGCAAUUGCAUCUGCUAUAAUUCCAACUGCACAAGUUAUACCAACCAUGUUAGUUCAAGCUGAAAAGUUUCCCUUGUUUUUUGGAUUAGGAACAAUUUUAAAAGAAUGUAAAAACUCAGCAAAUGAAAGAUUUGAAAAAUAUUUCAAUGACAAAAAUCUCAUUUUAGCCACAUUUUUAGAUCCAAGGUAUAAAAAUAAUUUUUUUCCAACCGAAGAAGCUGACAGUUAUUUUGAAAAUAUUAUUAAAUGGCUUUUAGAUUGCUCAAAAAGUUUUCAACAAAAUGAUCAUAUUGAAUUUCAACCUGAGGUCAGUUCUUCAUCAAUUAAAAAAACAUCCAUAUCUGAAAUUCUGCAAGAAACAGAAAGCAAACAUUAUAUAAAAUUGAAAAAUGAAGUUUUAACGUAUUUGAGUCAAGACAUAAUCAUGCAACAAGAUAGUCCUAUAGUAUGGUGGGGAGCAAAUAGAAAUAACUUCAAACAAUUAGCUCCGAUAGCUCAGAAGUAUUUAUCAUGCCCUCCUUCAUCUUCUGUUGAAAGUGAACGAUUAUUUAGUUGUGGAGGACAAAUUUAUUCUCAACGACGAAGUAGGUUGUCUUCAGAAACAGGAGAAAUGUUUUUACAUUACAAUUUUCGUAUACACAGUUUUAAAUGCUAA